AUGGCGGGACUUGACACUGCCGUGAGCUCCGGGGCUAACCUGGAUUCUGACCUACGUCGGAGGAAUGUUCCUACUUCCAAGGCCAAUGUGGAUGCAACUAGGACAAUUGAUGAAGAAAAGAGCAAAUCCAAGCAGCAGUCCCCCUCAUUUCUCCAUGUACUCGCCCGCUGGGAACCGAUCAUUUUCCCCAUUGUUCUGACAGCUCUCGCCCUCUUCACUCGCUUGUACCAGAUCGGCCGAUCCAACAUCGUUACCUGGGAUGAGGCCCAUUUCGGUAAAUUCGGUUCUCACUACCUCAAGCGCGAGUUCUACUUCGAUGUACACCCCCCACUCGGAAAGAUGCUUGUUGGCCUGUCCGGCUAUCUUGCAGGCUACAACGGAUCUUUUGAAUUCAAGUCCGGCGAGAAGUACCCGGAAGAUGUGAACUAUACCUUCAUGCGAGCUUUCAACGCCGCUUUCGGUAUCGUCUGCGUUCCUCUGGCGUACUACACCGCUCGAGAGUUGAACUUCCGCAGAGCCACCGUCUGGUUAAUCAGUUUGAUGGUGUUGUGCGAGAAUUCGUACGCGACCAUCUCCCGAUUCAUUCUGCUCGACUCGAUGUUGCUUUGUUUCACGUUUACUACGACCAUGUGUUGGGCUCGGUUCCAUCGCCUGCAGCGCGCAAGCUUCUCUCUGGAAUGGUAUACUUGGCUUUGCCUGACCGGCUUGAGCAUUGGAUGUGUCUGCAGCGUCAAAUGGGUUGGUUUCUUCUGCACCGCUCUCGUGGGACUGUACACCAUCGACGAUCUAUGGAACAAGUUUGGCGACCUCAAGAUGCCCCAGGCUGUGCUUGCAAAGCACGUUGUGGUUCGCGUUGUCGGAUUGAUCGUCAUCCCCAUUUUGGUUUACAUGUUUUCCUUCUACAUGCACUUCUUGGUGCUUGCGAACAGUGGUCCCGGCGAUGCCCAGAUGAGCUCCCUUUUCCAAGCUAAUCUGCGAGGCACCGAGGUUGGCAGAGACAGCCCGCUUGAACUUGCAAUUGGAUCGCGCAUCACACUCAAGAACAUGGGAUACGGAGGAGGACUUCUACACUCUCACGUGCAGACCUUCCCAGAAGGAUCUCAACAGCAGCAGGUCACCUGCUAUCACCACAAAGAUGCCAACAACGACUGGUUCAUCUAUCCCAAUCGCCAGGAGGCGGACUAUGAUGCCGAUGCCGACCUGCGCUUUGUUGGCGACGGUGAUGUUAUCAGAUUGAUCCACGGACAGACAGGCCGUAAUCUGCAUUCUCACGCCAUCCCGGCUCCCAUCUCUAAAUCUCACCAUGAAGUCUCCUCCUACGGCAACAUUACUAUUGGUGACGAUAAGGAUCACUGGAAAGUGGAAGUGGUCGACGAUGUUGCAUCGAGAGAUCGCUCCAGGGUGCGCACACUCACCACAGCCUUCCGUCUCCGCCACCCAGUUCUGGGCUGCUACCUCCGUGCAGGAAACGUCAACCUACCCCAGUGGGGCUUCAAGCAGAUUGAAACCACAUGCACCAAGGAGAACAAGCCCAGUGACGUGUACACUCACUGGAAUGUUGAGUCUCACACCAAUGAACGCCUGCCACCUGGCGACCCUGGUUCGUACAAGUCGCCUUUCUUGAAGGAUUUCAUUCACCUGAAUGUGGCUAUGAUGACUUCCAACAACGCACUGGUUCCCGAUCCCGACAAGCAAGAUGAUUUGGCUUCCAAGUUCUGGCAGUGGCCAAUUCUCAACGUUGGCUUACGUAUGUGCUCUUGGGAUGACAGUGUUGUCAAAUACUAUCUGCUUGGAAACCCCCUCGUUUACUGGGGUAGCAGUGCCGGUCUUGUUGGAUUCGGCCUCCUGUUCCUGUGGCACCUUCUGCGUUGGCAAAGAGGCUACAAGGAUCUCAGCAACGCGGAUAUCGACCACAUCCACUACUCGGGAUUAUACCCAGUCAUUGGAUGGGUGUUACACUACCUUCCCUUCAUCAUCAUGGCCCGUGUGACAUAUGUCCACCACUAUUACCCAGCACUUUACUACGCCAUCCUGAACUUUGGUUUCUGCAUUGACUGGGUGACACGAAGAAUGAACCCUAGACUGGCCGCUGCAGUGUAUGCCCUGCUCUAUGUGGCUGUCAUCGGACUGUUCAUCCAUUUCCGAGCCAUCGUGUUUGGAAUGGAAGGUUCCAACCAGCAAUGGACGCAUCUUCGCUGGCUGUCCGGAUGGAAGAUUGCAAACCAAGCAUAG